AUGUGGGUUGGUGGUAAACAGUUAAAACUUUUAUCAAAGAAAAUCUUUUCACGGAACAAAUUAUGCCCUGUGAAUGAUAUCCGACGUAAAUGGAUAGUUGGAUGCAUAUAUUACAAGAGGAAGGCGAAGAGCACACAAACUGUGUCCCUUGGUCAAACAGUGUCUCACUUUGGUCUCCAUGCUUCAUUUUCGCAAUCACUGGUUCGUUUAGCUCGCUUUUCAUCAGUGCAGACCAGUCAAUUAUUUUAUGACAGCCUCUUAAAUGGUAUGUUCCUAUUCACUCUAAUUGAUAGCGAAGAGAUUUCAGAGCGUAGUCAACAACAAGGUCACCACAGGAACAUCACAUUGCCUAGAGAACGUCAACAUUAUUUCACAUCCGCAAUGGCAUCAUUAGAUUCUGUUGAGAUUCGUGAAACCCUAAUUUUAGGCAAUUUAAUCACCAACGGCCAGGCUUUUAUGCAUUCGAGAUUGUCUCGAAAUAGCAGUUCAGACGUUGCUUCAUUUGACCACGGGCAACCAGCCUUGUCAUCUCCUCAACUAGUGUCACUUUCAUUUGCAUUCCCAUUAUUUUAA